GCAGCUGCAGCCCAGACUCAGCACCUCGGCGCCGGGAGUCAGUCAGGGGCAGCACAUCCCUAACAAAGACACAAUACCCUGCUCCACACUCACCCAGGACCACCUACCCAGCAGCAGCACAGAAGACUCUCUACAAUGUCCUUGGGGAGAGACAUGGAGCUUGAACAUUUCGAUGAGCGCGAUAAAGCGCAAAGGUACAGCAGAAGUUCUCGAGCCAAUGGACUACCAAGUCCAACUCAUAGUGCCCACUGCAGCUUUUACCGAACCCGUACUCUGCAGACCCUGAGUUCAGAGAAGAAGGCCAAGAAAGUCAGAUUCUAUCGAAAUGGUGACCGAUAUUUUAAAGGGAUUGUCUAUGCCAUUUCCCCUGAUCGAUACCGAUCUUUUGAGGCUCUCCUGGCUGAUUUGACCAGAACUCUUUCUGAUAAUGUGAAUCUACCCCAGGGAGUGAGAACUAUCUACACAGUGGACGGAAUCAGGAAGAUCAUUUCCAUGGAUCAGCUGACUGAAGGUGAAAGUUAUGUUUGUGGAUCUAUUGAGCCAUUUAAAAAACUGGAGUACACAAAGAAUGUCAACCCUAACUGGUCUGUGAAUGUGAAGACAACUGCUAGCCCCCGUUCAGUGCAACCUCUGGCCACUCCAAAGCCUAGCACCUCAGAUGGAAGAGAGGGCAAAGAUUUCAUAAGGCCAAAGCUCGUCACAAUCAUCAGGAGCGGCGUGAAACCACGUAAAGCCGUCCGCAUUCUCCUGAACAAGAAAACAGCCCAUUCAUUUGACCAAGUGCUCACUGAUAUAACUGACGCCAUAAAACUGGAUUCUGGGGUGGUGAAGCGUCUCUAUACACUGGAUGGAAAACAGGUGAUGUGCCUUCAGGAUUUCUUUGGUGACGAUGACAUUUUUAUUGCUUGUGGACCUGAAAAGUUCCGUUACCAAGAUGACUUCUUACUGGAUGAGAGCGAAUGUCGGGUUGUGAAAUCUACUUCUUACACCAAGCUUCCUAACAUACCACGCAGAAGUACAACUAAGAGUCCAGGACCUUCCCGGCGAAGCAAGUCCCCUGCAUCGACCAGUUCAGUCAAUGGAACCCCAGGGAGCCAGCUUUCCACUCCUCGCUCGGGGAAAUCGCCAAGCCCAUCACCGACCAGCCCAGGAAGUCUGCGGAAACAGAGGGGCUCUCAGCACAGUGGCUCCUCUACCUCAUUAGCUUCCACCAAAGUAUGCAGCUCCAUGGAUGAGGGUGACCUCUUAGUGGAAGAUAUUAUGGAUGAAGAAUUCCAGGUACCAGUGUCUAUAGCAGAGAGAUACAAAGUUGGAAGAACCAUAGGAGAUGGAAAUUUUGCCAUAGUUAAAGAAUGUAUAGAAAGGUCAACUGGCAGAGAAUAUGCACUGAAAAUCAUCAAUAAAAGCAAGUGCCGAGGAAAGGAGCACAUGAUCCAAAAUGAGGUCUCCAUCCUGAGAAGAGUGAAGCAUCCCAACAUUGUCCUGCUCAUUGAGGAGAUGGACAUGCCCAACGAGCUGUAUCUUGUGAUGGAACUUGUUAAGGGAGGGGAUCUGUUCGAUGCUAUUACCUCUACUAACAAGUACACAGAGCGGGAUGCCAACGGCAUGCUGUAUAACUUAAUGAGCGCCAUCAAAUAUCUGCACAGCUUGAACAUUGUCCAUAGGGAUAUCAAACCCGAGAACCUGUUGGUGUAUGAGCACCAGGAUGGGAGUAAAUCUUUGAAGCUUGGAGACUUUGGACUGGCCACAGUGGUUGAUGGACCUCUUUACACUGUGUGUGGAACCCCAACAUAUGUAGCACCAGAAAUCAUUGCAGAGACUGGCUAUGGCUUAAAAGUGGACAUCUGGGCAGCAGGUGUAAUUACUUACAUCUUACUUUGUGGAUUUCCUCCGUUCCGUGGAAGUGGAGAUGACCAGGAAGUACUUUUUGAUCAAAUCCUAAUGGGCCAAGUGGAUUUCCCAUCACCUUACUGGGAUAAUGUUUCUGAAUCUGCCAAGGGGCUGAUCACCAGGAUGCUGCAGGUAGAUGUAGACCAGAGGUAUUCUGCUCUUCAGGUUCUGGAACAUCCAUGGGUCAAUGAUGAUGGUCUGCCUGAAAAUGAAUACCCAUUAUCAGUGGCUGGAAAGAUAAAGAAACACUUCAACACGGGUCCAAAACCGAACAGCACCACUGCUGGAGUGUCCGUCAUCGCACUGGACCACGGUUUUUCCAUCAAGAGAUCAGGGUCUUUGGACUACUACCAACAGCCAGGAAUGUAUUGGAUAAGACCACCGCUCUUGAUAAGGAGAGGCAGGUUUUCAGACGAAGACGCAACCAGGAUGUGAUGAGACGAUUCAUGCCCCAGCCAGCUGCACCUGAACUCACUUCAGAGUCAGAGGACUAUUCACCAAGUUCAUCUGAGACUGUUCGCUCGCCUAACUCACCCUUUUAAGGAAACACUUUAAGUCUUGGCUUAACCCUUCGAGACUUCAGAAUGAGAACAAGAAACACUUCUGGAAAUCUGUUAUGGACGUAACCUCUCUUGAUUAUAAUUCUAGGUUUGAAAGAACAAAUAGCAGGGGUGAAAAUAUGACAUUGAGGACAUCUUUGUCCCAAUGGGGUAAAUACUUGUAAUAUCUUCUUAUGAAUGACUGAUUUAUGAAUGAAUAUAAGGCUGCUGUCUGUUGAGGAGGUGUUGAUGGGUUUACGUUUGCAUUGAUGACCACAUACAGCAACCAUGCAGAUUAUUAUGGGUAUAUCAUAACUUGUUUAGCCCGGAAUCAAUAGUAAAUAUACUGAUUGUAACUGAAAUAUAGGAGAAUGAUAGAAUAACAUUAUUGUGAAUUAUUAUAUGUAAUUUGAAGCACAGUCACAUUAUGGUGGACAAUCUCUCACCCUAAUGUUUCCGAACACCUGUCUGCGGGGCCUUUAAUAGGCCAAGUCAUGAGUGUAUGCCUACAUUAGCACAGAUGCAUGAGAAAGAACAUAGGGAUUGCUACAAGUAUGGACUGAUUGAGUCAGUCCUAACGUCAAUUCAGUCCAUGUUCCUAUCACUUCCAUUCAUUUCCCAUGGGGCCCAGCAGAAAAUUUGCAGAGAGUGGAUGUAUUAAUAAAACCUUGUAGAAAUCCAGAAAAUUAAAAUCUACAUCGUACAAAAGCCAAAAUGACCAGUUAGUGGUUGUCUGUAAGCAUAUGUAGUCAUAAUGGAUGUCUUGGAUGCCGAUGCGUGAGCGACGUAUGUCCUUCUUGCCUGUCUUUCCACGUCUGUCAUACUCCACCAAGAAAAAAUAAAUUCAGAUUUUUUUUUUCUCGUUUGUCAUUUUAAAAUUAAAAUUUUAAUCCUCCGUCAUUGUUUUCAGAUUUACUUUGAUCAUAACCCAUUUCUUCACUUUCA